AUGGUUGCAUUAUCGAAUAAGAAUAUUGUAUUAAUUGUUUUCGCAUCAAGUUUGUUUGUGCUCCAAAUCAAUGCAGAACAAGAGCAUGAUGAUAUGUGUCGCUUAGUACGAGACGUUUUAUGCGUAAAAGAUGUUUUAAUGAUUAUAGCAAUGACGACUAGAAGUAUGGAAAGGACUAUAAAUAAAACUCAAGUCGAUAUUGCAGGUAGAAUUGGAAAUAAUGAUACAGCCAAUCGUUAUGUGAAAUAUCAAGUUGGAAACAUUGAUUCACAGUUACCAACACCAAAAUAUCAUACACAUUUUUUUCAACUGAAUAAUAUUAAUAAAAAAUAUUUAGUUCAUUUAUUUUCGGAAGCACAUGAUGCUAUGAGCUUUUAUUAUAAUACGAUUCAAGAUAUAUUAAAUGUGAGUGAUACGUCUUCAACGAAUGAUUUAAAAGACAUUCAAAAUAUUCUAAAUAAAAUGAUUUGUCAAUAUCGCAGUGUGUUGCAUGUUUAUUUCCAUGGAUGGACAACUAUUGAUCGUAUAAAAUCAGUGGAAUUUUCAAAAAUAAGCUCUCAUAUUUCGCAAACAUUUUUAAAUGAUGCUCAUUCGAUGAUUAUCAUUGACAUAUUAAGGACAUGGAUGGAUAAAAUUCAUUCAGUUAUUCAUAAUAUUGAAGCAAAAUAUUUUUAA